CGGUUGCCUGCAAUUUUAAUAAGAAAUCUCAAUUUUUAUCAUUUUUAUUUAAAUAAACAUUUUUUCAAAGCUCGCUCCGAAUGAUUCCAUUGAAACUUCGACGAAAGAAAAAAGGGACUCGAAGGAAGCUCGUGGACCAAAGGCUCGGACCUCGAGUCAAGUAGCUUUCUCACAAACCCAUUUUUUAAAUGAAUUUUUUGACCAAAGUUCAGUAAAUCCCGAUGCCUUUGAAGCUCAGCAUCGAGUCAUCAUUUUUCACUCGAUUUUGACCUUCCUUUUCGAACCGGGUCAAAAUGACCCCAGACGAGAAAAUUCGGGACAUUAAUUCGAACCUUUCCGAAUAAGAAUAUAGUGGGAAAAAAUUUGUAUACAAUUUUCAAAAUGCCGAAAACAAAUCGGAGCAUGUGUUGAAGAAAAAAAAAGAUUUUUACUCUGGAAAUGGUUCAACCAGUUUGCCCGGGCACCAAUCAUUCACAAAUUCUCGAUUAAAGUUACUCUCGGGUCGUUUUGACCCCCUGCAGCCACGGAGCCUCAGUUAUCAGAGCUUUUAUUAAUUCUGAAUUUCGUUUUUUCCAUCAUUCGAAAAACCAAGUCACCGAACGAACUUUACCGACCGCCCAUUUUCGUGACGUACGAAAAAUCGAAAGAAUCAUCAAACCCUGAAAAAAUCGAGUCCAGAGGGAACUUCGUGUCGGUUUGCAUGCUCGAUGCUCUGAGCCUGAGCAUUGAGAGAUUCCGCACACUCACUACGAUAAAACUACCGAAUUGCCAUAUAAACGCUUUUGGCAUAUCGCAGAUUGGCCAAAUGCUCAAGGGCGUUGGAUGUGUGAGGGACCUAAACCUCGACAUGAAUCCGAAUAUUCAGGAAAAUUAUUAUCUGUUGUGUUCGCCGAGUGGAAACCUUCGGUACCUUUCCUUAAAAUAUUGCAACAUCGGUGACACGGGCAUCGGUAAAAUUGCUGACGAAUUGAAAUACAGAAACGACCAGUCGCCUAAAUUGUUAGCUCUGAAUGUUGCGAAUAAUCGAUUCGGCGACGAGGGAGCUCGUAAAAUCGGCCAAAUGUUGCACACCAACAGAUCGCUGCAAAGUCUCGUUUUGACUGGCAACAGAAUAACUGACUUGGGUGCUGAAUUUGUAAUCCAGGAAUUAUGCAUGUAAACGAACGAAGUGAGCACUGGCUUCAUUCACACGAGCGUUGAAAAAUCUUCAACGAUUUUCAGGUAUCCUUUGACUCACGAAGAAAUCGUAGAGCUGCGUCGUGCAAGUUACAAAAAGUUGUUGUCCAAUCGUGGAAAAACAUCGGAAGAAAGAAUGGCCAGUGACUCGAGAGUUUCCACAGCUUCGAGUAGAACGUCAGCAUCGAAGAAGAAUUCUAGAAUGUCAAAAACAAAGAGGAAUAUAAGUAAAAUACAAGUGACGAGCGAAAAACUUGGGAAUUCGUCAAACGAUAAAAGAAGCCAGCUCGAUUCACCAGUUCUUCAUCCCUUUGCCACUGAGACUCGUCGUACCAAAGGACAAGUCAUUGCGAGAGGAAAUUUUCAUUUGCAGCAUUUAAAUCUCAGCUGUGAGGCCUGAAAAUAAUUUUUUUAUCAUUUUCAUAAGCAAAUCAAGGACCAAUAUUGUUUGUAAAAAUAAUAUUUUUAGAUAAUCACCUGAAAAACGAGGGUCUGAAAAAAAUAGUUAAAUGCUUAUUUUAUCAGAGUUAUGCAUUGUUGGACGACACGAGCAAAGGUUUACUUCAUGUACGUUUGGAGGUAAUUGUGAAACCAAGUCCGCAAAGUAUAUUGACAAACUACAUUCA